CUCCCACCUCCUCCUCUGGACCCAGAUGCUAGUAUUUCCUCUGUUAGCUGCUGUCGGUGUCAGACAGAGAAACUGCAUCGAUUUUAGCCCCAAAUCAGCCCGGAGGCGCGAAGCGGCGGAAACGGCUGACUUGCUUGAAGUACCAGCAGCCUGAUUAACUGGGAAAACGAGGAGCGCUGCAGGUUAUCUCCGUUAGAACAACCAACCAUUAGAAAGCAGCAGCUCCAGGGUGAUCCGCUGACCGACGGGUUUCACUGCGAUCAAUGGCUGAUAAACAGAUCAGUUUGCCUGCCAAAUUGAUCAAUGGAGGGAUUGCUGGGAUCGUUGGAGUAACCUGCGUGUUUCCCAUUGACCUGGCGAAGACUCGCCUGCAGAACCAGCAGAAUGGAUCCCGCCUUUAUACCAGCAUGUCAGACUGCCUUAUUAAAACUAUUCGCUCUGAGGGUUAUUUUGGGAUGUACAGAGGAGCUGCGGUGAACCUAACCCUAGUCACUCCAGAGAAGGCCAUCAAAUUGGCUGCUAACGACUUCUUCAGACACCACCUCUCCAAGGACGGAAAACUGACUCUGGUCAAAGAGAUGCUGGCUGGCUGCGGCGCCGGUACCUGCCAGGUCGUCAUAACGACUCCUAUGGAGAUGCUGAAAAUCCAGUUGCAGGAUGCUGGCAGGCUGGCCGCUCAGAGGAAGCUCAUGCCGGAAACGGUGGCGGCAGGAAGCGUGGAGAUAAAGUCUCCCACAGCCAUGCAGAUCACCAGACAGUUACUGAGGGAAAAGGGCAUCGCUGGACUCUAUAAGGGCCUGGGGGCCACGCUGCUCAGGGACGUCCCUUUCUCCAUCAUCUAUUUCCCUCUCUUUGCCAAUCUGAAUAACCUGGGGAAGAGAGACGGCGAAGGCCCCGCUCCUUUCUACGUGUCGUUCGUGUCGGGCUGCGUCGCCGGGAGCACAGCAGCCGUCGCUGUCAACCCCGUCGAUGUAAUAAAGACCAGACUGCAGUCGCUGAACCGAGCGAGCACAGAAGACACGUACUCCGGAGUGACGGACUGCAUCAGGAAGAUCCUGCGUAACGAGGGUCCGUCUGCGUUCCUGAAGGGAGCCUACUGCCGCGCUCUGGUCAUCGCUCCUCUCUUUGGGAUCGCCCAGGUCGUGUACUUCCUGGGCGUGGGCGAAUAUAUCCUCAGCUUCCUGCCUAAAAAAGACAACUAAGUGGGAACAUCUGUUCUGCCUUUCCUCCCACGAUGCAUCACUUCAGCUCCAUCAUCUCCAUCUGAUUCUUAGACACCAUUUUUUAUUUUUUGUUGGGUUGAAUGUUUAAAAAGUUCAGAAGGGAGCUUUUAUUUUGCCAAGAUGCCUGAGGCAGCGCGCACAGUUCCAGUCGGCGGCGCCGCCACGGCGCCACGUCGGAGAUCAGAGGUCUGUAGUUAGAAGAUUUGAUUCACUUUUUAAUAUGAUUGUCAGAUUUAGCAGAUUAGACGUCCCGCCCUUAGCUGUUGCAGUCCUUCAGUAAUGAUUGGUUAACCUGUGAACAUCAGAACAUCACUGGGAUCCCAGUUUCCCACUAAAUAGAACAAUAAGAUCCAGUCUGCAUGU